GCUAGUACCAGUUGUAUUUAAGAUAAAAUGUGGUUACGCGUCCUGUCGUCUCGUCUACCUACACAUCUAUUCUAUAGUUCUCCAGGAGCAAAGUGUAUCCAUCAAAUAUCUUUACUCAACAAAUAUAGAUCAUCUGUUUCAAACUCUAUUCUUCGACAGCAUUGUUCUACAGAACCUAAAAAGGGGAUAAACAAACCUCCAAAACUUUCCAAACCUAACACAAUGCAAGGAGGUCCAAUAUCUUGGAGAAAUCUAGCAGCUACUGGAAUUGUUUUCGGUAUCCUACUAGCUACCUAUACUUAUGCCAAGAACAAAAAGGAGGAAGCAGUUGCUGCUGAGCGUAAGAAAUUGAUCGGCAAGGCUCGGAUCGGUGGAGGAUUUGAUCUGAUCGAUCAGAACGGGAAACCGACAAAAAGUGAUCAAUUUCUUGGACAGUGGUGUUUGUUAUAUUUCGGAUUUACCCACUGCCCCGACAUCUGCCCAGAGGAACUAGAGAAGGUGGCAGAGGUCGUCGACAUGAUGGAGAAAGAAGAAAGACCUGUUCAGCCUAUUUUCAUCACUGUGGACCCCAAAAGGGAUGGUGUAAAGGAGGUUGCUGAGUAUGUGAAGGAGUUUCAUCCUAAACUAAUCGGUCUCACAGGAACAGAAGAACAGAUAAAAAACGCUUGCAAAUCAUACAGAGUGUACUACAGUCCAGGGCCUGAGGUAAUACAAAUUUCUAUAAGGGGUUUCGAAGCGAAUGAUGCUAAAAUGAUCAAAGACUCGUUAACAUUCCAUAUGGUAAAAUACGAUCUACAAAACAGGAAGAAAAUUCUCGGAGUUUUUUAA